AUGCAGCUCCUCCCGUCCCUCCUCCUCGCGGCGGCCGCGGUCCCCGGCGCGCUCGCGCAGAACAUCCAGGGCUUCAACUACGGCGCGACGAACAGCGACGGGUCGUGCCGGGGGUACCAGGACUUCCGGGCGCUGUUCGAGCGGGCGCGGGGGCUGGCGGGCACGGGGGGCGGGUUCACGGCGGCGCGGCUGUACACGGCGGUGCAGUGCGGGUCGGCGGCGGCGCCGAUCGAGGCGUUCCGGGCCGCCGUCGACACGGACACGCGGGUGCUGGUGGGGCUGUGGGCGAGCGCGGGGCGCGCGGCGUACGAGAACGAGCUGAACGCGCUGCUGGCGGCGGCGGCGCAGCUGGGGCCGGCCUUCGCGGAGCGCGUGGUCGGCAUCAGCGUCGGGUCCGAGGACCUGUACCGCAGCAGCGCGCAGGGCGCGGCCAACGGCGCGGGCGUCGGCGCGACCGCGGCCGAGAUCGAGGGCUACAUCGGCUGGCUGCGCGACUGGCUGCGCGGCACGCCGCUCGGGCGCGUCCCCGUCGGCCACGUCGACACCUGGACCGCCUGGGUCCUCCCCGAGAACGCCGGCGUCGCCGCCGCCGCCGACUUCCUCGGCCACAACGGCUUCCCCUACUUCGAGACCACCCGCCCCAACUCCAUCGACCUCGCCGUCGACAACUUCCACUCCGCCCUCGCCCAGACCGAGGCCGUCGCCCGCGGCAAGCCCGUCUUCGUCACCGAGACCGGUUGGCCGAGCGUCGGCCCCCAGCAGCGGGACGCGGUCGCCUCGCUCGAGAACUCGCACCGCUACUACGCGCAGGUGGGCUGCCCGCUCUUCGGCCACCGCACCGUGUUCUGGUACACGCUCGUCGACGCCAACGCCGCGCAGACGGACCUCUCCUUCGCGCUCACGCCGCGCGACAGCGCCACGCCCAAGUUCGACCUCACCUGCUAG